CUCUCUCUCUCUCUCUGCGCCGCGUUCUCUUCUCUAUCGAUUAAGCAAAAUCGACCCUCUUCGAUUUUUUUUCAUCUCUGAGCAAUAAUAUCGUGCUUUCAUCUUUCUUCCAAGGCCAAAGUAUGGAACUUUCUGAUCUAAACAAUGGUAAGACCAACAAACCAAAGCAACCUCCAAAACGUUUCAUUAAGAACCAAAUCCCUGAAUCAAUCCUUGGUGAUGCAUCCCUCAACGCUGCUAUCUCAAUCCUACCUUCAAUUUACCAGUUUGAGGUCCAUAAAUGUGUUUGGAGGAUCAAAUCAUCAAACGCUAAACGCAUAGCUCUGCAGCUUCCAGAGGGUCUUCUUAUGUAUGCUCUCACACUCUCUGACAUCUUCACGUCUUUUGCUGGAGCCUCUCACUGUUUUGUCCUCGGUGAUGUUACUUAUGGAGCUUGUUGUGUUGAUGAUUUCUCUGCCUGUGCUCUUGGUGCUGACUUGCUUAUUCACUAUGGACAUAGUUGUCUUGUCCCUAUUGACUCUACAAAAAUCCCUUGCCUUUAUGUCUUUGUUGAGAUCCAGAUCGAUGUCAAAUGUCUGUUGAACACUAUCCAUAUGAAUCUCGCGAGUGAUGCCAAGAACAUCAUUCUCGCAGGCACGAUUCAGUUUACUUCGGCGAUUAGAGCUGUGAAACCAGAGUUAGAGAAGCAAGGGUUCAAUGUUUUGAUCCCUCAGUCAAAGCCUCUUUCGGCUGGUGAAGUCCUUGGAUGUACAGCUCCUAAGAUUAAGACGGUUGAGGAUUGUAAAGACCAAGUACUGGUGUUUGUAGCUGACGGGAGAUUUCAUCUAGAAGCAUUCAUGAUUGCCAAUCCGAAAAUCAAGGCAUUUAGGUAUGAUCCAUAUCUUGGCAAGCUGUUUUUAGAGGAGUAUGAUCACAAGGGAAUGAGGGAGACGAGAAGGAGAGCGAUUGCAAGGGCCAGGGAUGCUAAAACUUGGGGGAUCGUGUUGGGGACAUUAGGAAGGCAAGGAAAUCCUAAGAUUCUCGAGAGAUUAGAGAAGAAAAUGAUGGAGAAAGGGAUAGAUAGCACGGUUGUUUUAAUGUCGGAACUUAGCCCCACUAGAGUGGCAUUGUUUGAAGACUCGGUGGAUGCUUGGGUCCAAAUAGCAUGCCCAAGACUUUCUAUUGAUUGGGGUGAAGCGUUUCUUAAGCCGCUUCUGACAACUUUUGAGGCUGAGAUUGCUCUAGGAUUCAUCCGCGGUUGGUGGGAGAAUGGUUCUUCGAGUAGAGUACAUUCUUCGUCUGGCUGUUGCAAAGAGGACAAAGAAACAAGCUGUGCGUGUAAAAAUGAAAAGGUGGAAGAUGACAAGAAAGACAAUGAUGGGGCACUUGAUGGAGACUAUCCAAUGGAUUAUUAUGCACAAGAAGGCGGAGAAUGGAACUCUUCAUAUCUCAAGAAGUCAUCUCGUCCCAUUCGAAGAAACCCUUUACCUUCUUCUAAUGUUACUUGGGGAGGUCUUGAAGUGAAACCGUGGACUGUUCAUGAGAAUUGGAUAGAACAUGAAGGCUUGAAGAGUGAAGACUCAUGCUCAGUUUUGAUACAAGCGGUGAGGAUUAAAACGGCUGUUUGCAGAGAAGCUACAACACUUGUUUACUUUGUCUUCUCUAUUUUUGUGUUGAUGGGAGGUUACAACAGAAUGGUGAUUGAAGUGAAAAACAGAGCUCUGUUUAUGCGUCUCUCUAGUGAAAUCUAAUGAUGUUUUGGACCCGGUUUUGUUUUGGUUUUGAAUUUUUGUUGGAUCCGGUCUCAUUAUCAUAGUAAAUCCAUUAAACUCAU